CAUACAUACAUACAUACAUACAUACAUACAUACAUACAUACAUACAUGGUCUUAAAUAUAUAGAAGCACGUAUAUUUCGCAUGCAUAAUUUGUCAGAUAUUUUAAGGAGAAUAACAAAGGGAUAAAGAGAAUGAAAAGGAGAAGAAGAGGAAGAAGAAGAAAAACAUUAAAAAAAAAAAAAAAAAAGAAAAUAAAAUAAAAUAAAGAUAAAAUAAACGAAUUAAAUGAUCAAAUUUCUUUAUCGGUUUUGUUCAAUUAAUAAUUAAAUAUAAAAUAAUCAACUUUAACGAACGAUUAAUCGUAUCAAAAUCAUUAAAUCUUAUUAAUCGUUAAGGAAAUAUAAAGACUUUUAACAUUUCUUCCGUGUUCAUUGUCGAUAUUGGCGAUUAAUAUAUACGUACGUACAUACAUACAUAAAUGUAAUCGUGUUGUUGAAAUCGUCUUUAACUAUUUCGACGAAUAAAAAUUAAAACAAUAUGCAUGUUAAUGUUUGUCAAAAGGUCUAAUCAUAAUUUAAUUAUAAAUGAUAUGAUGAAAAUUUAGAUAAACUUUAUUGUGUGUAUUUUAUGAUAAAUCAUAUCAUUUUUUUCUUUUAGGGAUAUUAUUACAAAUUAGAAAUUCGUCGUUUAUUCUAUCAGAUUAAAAUUUGACCAAUAACAGACGUAGCAAGUUUAAAUACAACGAAAUCAAUCAGAAUAUAAUGAAGGAAUUUUGAUUAUAUAAUUAGAUGUCUCUUAAUAAUUAAUAGUAAUGAGUUUAGACAGAAGGGGACCAUGGAAAGUUAGCGAUUAUAAUUUCAAAAGAAAAGAAAAGAAAAGAGAAAAAAAAAGAAAAAAAAAAGAAAUUAACUCGUGACGUACUUAUGUACGUAAUCCAUUUACGUUGCGAUAAAGAGAUUCGUUACGUUUUUUCGUCUCUCUCUACCUCUUUCUCUCUCGCCUUCGAUAUUUAGUAAUGACGUGAAUCUGGCCGAUAAAAAGCAAAAAAAGAAAAAAAGAUUGACAACAACAACAACAACAAAAUUAAAAAAUAUAUUUACACGGCCUUAAUAAGAAUCUUCGAUGUAAUAGUAAAACAAUAACAACAAAUUAUUUAGAAAAUCAUUCCGAGCGCUUCCUUUUUUCCGAGUCACGCGUUUCUGCAAAAGAAAAAUAAAAAAAAAAAAAAGAAAAAGGAAAGAAAGAAAGAGAAAAAAAUAAAUAAAAUGAAACGAUUACUUCUCACUUUUUUUUUCUCUAUCUCUCUUUGCUCCUUCUUUUAUUUUUCUAGAUAAAUUUUAAUUUGGGAACGUGUACCUAAUGCUUGUGUAUUAAAAAACGAAAAAUACAAAAAAGAAAAAAUUAUUAAUAUAUGUAACAAAGUGAUGAAGAAGUGCAUGUAUCAUUGGUGCGAAAUGAAAAAAGAAAAAAAAAGGAAAAUUUUCAGUCAGUACAUUUUCUUUAAUUGGAACGACGAAAAGUUCUCCAAAGAGUUUAUAUAGGAUUAUAUAGAAAAAAAAUACAUAAUAAAUAUACAGAUAUAAGAGCAAACAGGUAUGUAAAUAUGAGUGCGAGAAUGUGCUGUGUGAUAUUUCUGACAAGUAUGUGAAUUUUCUCUCUCUCUCUCUCUCUCUCGCUCUCUCUCUCUCUCUCUCUCUCUCUCUCUUUCUUUCUCUCUCUCUCUCUAAGUGCGUAUAUAACGCACAAAAGUAAAUAUAUAACGCUUAACCAAGCAUUGACGUACACACACACAAAAGAUGUAUGUAUAUUAUACAUACAUACAUUCAUAUAUAUAUAUAGUGUAAUAGUGCUAAAAUUUAAUUUUCUAUAUAAUAAGUUUCAAUCGUAUGUGAAAAGUCUGUAUUGAUUGUAUUAUAAAAUCCAAAAUAAUCGUGUCUAAUGUAACACGAUAAUAACUUCAUUCGGUGUUAAUUCGAUCCGCAUUUAUUUAGGAUAUAAUAUGUUCGAACGGACUGAGAUAAGAUAGAAAGAUAGAAAGAAAAAAGAGAAAUGGAUUGAAGAGAUAAUAGAACAAAAAAAAAGAGAAAUAAAAAUUAAUAAAGAAAAAAAAAAAAGAAAAAAGAAAAAACAUGAAAAAAACAGAAUAUAGAUAAAAGGUCGUACGUCUUAAAUCAAAUAUUUCGUUAAAUUCUUAUCGUCUGAAAUACUAUUAUACAUAUAUUAUCCGAACAGAUUUUUAUUAUUUACGCCUUAAAGAGGAAGAAAAAAAUUAAAUAAAAGAAGAAAAUGUUCCAUAAAUUUUCGCCAUAUAGAGGCUAUGUAUAUCUCUGGCAGGUACAUUUAUUAUUAUUAUUAUUAUUAUUAUUAUUAUUAUUAUUAUUAUUAUUAUUAUUAUUAUUAUUAUUAUUGUUAUUAUUAUUAUUAUUAUUAUUACUAUUAUUAAUAUUAUUGUGUUAUAAUCGAUACAUAUAAGUUUCAUAUAUAAUAUAUAGAAAAGACGAUAAGGAUAUAGUGAAUUAGACGAUAAAAUAUAAAAUUUUCGAAUUUGAAAUGAUGUAUUAACAGCAUUUAAACGUUUGUAGUCCAUUAUCGUGUACUAAUUUCUUUUGGAGGAUAUCGUUAAAAAAAAAAAGAAAAAGAAAAAGAAAAAAAAGAAAAUAGAUAAAAAAAUAGAAAAAUCUAAAUAUAGAGAAUAUAUAGUAUAACGAGAGAUUUCUUAUUAAAUCGGUCUAUUUUCCGCAAUAUAAUUGUUUGUAAUAAUAAUAAUUAAAAUAAAUAAAAAAAAAAAAUAAUAAAAAAUAAAUAAAUAAAUAAAUAGAACAUCAAAGAUACAGACGAAUAUAAGCAGAUAAUCACACAUACACACAUACACACACACACACACACACACACACACACGCAGACACAAAGAAAGAGAACAGAUAAAUCAAUGACAUUAGAAAGUUAAUAAACGAUAUGUAAUACUUGCAUCAUAUUCGAUGUGGCCUAAGUUGCGUCUAUAUAAUGAAAAUAUACGUCAAUACAUGUCUGCCUAAUGCAGAUUAUCUAAAAUAGAAUGCGAAAUAAAUUUUUAUUAAAAGUUAUAUAAUGGCUAAUAAACAAUUUAUUAAUUCGUCCGCCGUACGUACGUACGUUUCAUUCGUUUCUAAGUAAGUAAUGUUGGAUUAUAAAUUAUAAUCAAAAAGAUUGUACUUUGACUGGUCAAACUAGUUUGAUACUUUUACUUUUUAUUUAGAUAUGAACUAUAGAUUUAUGCGAAACUAGUAUAUUUUCUAUCCACCCAAGCGAGGUUAGAAAAUAUAUUUAUUUGAUCAUCAAUGUCUAUUUGAUAAAGCAACGUUCAACUAUAAAAUUUUAAUUAUUAUUUAUUUAAGAUAAAUAAACUGACGCAUUGUUUGCGGUGAGUCAAUUUAAUUAAAAUAAAAUUAAUCUAAAUAUAUUGGAUAACAA